GCUGUGCUACUCCAAUUAAAAGAUCAGAGACUAGAGAGUAACCUCAAAACAAAAACCUCACCUUCUUCUUCUGUGUUAAACCCUCGCCGCGAGGGAAACCCUAAUUCUAACCUUUUUGCCAUGCCUGCUCUCACUCGUAACAAGAAGAAGGGGGCGAAAUCCCAAACCCCUCCAUCGAAGAAGGUGGCGAAAACUCAGACGCCUCCUCCAUCGAAGAAUCAGGCGAAAUCGCAAAAGCCUCCACUGAAGAAGGCGGAGAAGACCCAAACUCUGGCAUUGAAGAAGGGAGUGAAGUCCCAGAAGAAACCUCCAUUGAAGAAGCAGAAGAAGGAAGUUGUUGAGGAAGAUCCUAGCGAAAAUGAUGAAGAAGCUUCCGAUGGCUCUGAUGACGCCUCUACCGACGUCGAAUCAGAAGAGCUUGAUGAAUCUGAUGAUGGAGAGAAAGGGUCUGAUGGGUUAGGUUCCUCUGGAUUUUUCUCUGAUGAUGGGGAAGAUGACGACGGCGAUGAAGAGCUCUUGGGUGAUGACUUUCUGGAAGGUAGCGAUGAAGAGGAACCUCUGGAUGCGGAUGAGGCUUCGAACUCGGAUUCUGACUCCGAUGGAGGCGAUAUUCUGGAGGAAUCUAAGGCCCUCGAUCAAGAAAAAGCUCUGCGGGAGAAAGAAGCUGAUGAUGAGCUGAAGGAUUUCAACAGGGAAGUUGGACCUGAUGAAGAAUCUGAACAUGAUGCGUUUCGGCUACCAACUGAAAAGGAACUUGAAGAAGAAGCACUUGGGCCACCAGAUCUUCCUCUACUGCAGAGUAGAAUAAAAGAGAUUGUUAGAGCGCUGUCAAAUUUCAAGGUUUUGAGGCCGAAAGGUGCUAGCAGGGAUGAAUGCGUUGAACAGCUCAAAGCUGAUCUUAGUUCAUAUUAUGGCUACAACAGUUUUCUCAUCGGAGCUUUGUUUGAGCUGUUUCCUCCUGUUGAACUUAUGGAGCUAAUUGAAGCUUUUGAAAAGCAAAGGCCUACAUCUAUCCGGACAAACACACUUAAGACUCGAAGACGGGAUCUUGCUGAUGUACUUUUGAACAGAGGAGUCAAUCUAGACCCAUUAAGCAAGUGGUCUAAAGUCGGACUUGUUGUUUAUGAUUCACAAGUGCCAAUCGGUGCGACUCCUGAAUAUUUGGCUGGUUACUACAUGCUUCAAGGUGCUAGCUCGUUUUUGCCAGUGAUGGCCCUUGCUCCCCGAGAGAAUGAGCGGGUUGUAGAUGUAGCUGCUGCUCCUGGUGGCAAAACAACAUAUAUUGCUGCUCUGAUGAAAAAUACUGGUUUAAUAUUUGCAAAUGAGAUGAAAGUACCUAGGCUCAAGUCGCUAACUGCCAAUCUGCAUCGCAUGGGAGUGACAAAUACCAUAGUUUGUAACUACGAUGGAAGAGAGCUACCCACUGUGUUAGGUGAGAAAUCGGUUGAUAGAGUAUUGUUGGAUGCACCUUGCAGUGGGACUGGGGUCAUAUCAAAAGAUGAAUCAGUUAAAACUUCGAAAUCUCUUGAAGACAUAAUGAAAUUUGCUCACUUGCAAAAGCAACUUUUACUGGCUGCAAUUGAUAUGGUGGAUGCCAAUUCCAAAACCGGUGGAUUUAUUGUUUACUCAACAUGUUCACUUAUGGUUGACGAGAACGAAGCUGUAAUUGACUAUGCUCUCAAAAAGAGGAAUGUUCAACUUGUUAAAACUGGACUCGAUUUUGGCCAAGACGGAUAUAAAAAAUUUAGAGAACACCGGUUUCAUCCAUCUUUAGUGAAGACUAAACGUUUUUAUCCUCAUGUGCACAACAUGGACGGAUUCUUUGUGGCAAAGCUGAAGAAAAUGAGCAACACGAAACAAUCUUCAGAAGGUGAAGAUGGGGCGGUAGAAAGUGUAGAGCAAGUUGAUGUGUCUGGUGAUGAAUCAAUGGAGAACAAAAGAGUCAAAAAAGAGAAGAAAUCAAAACCUGGAAAAGGAAUUGUUGAAGAUCCACCUAAAGUAAGGAAGCCAAAGAAGAAGAGAUCUGAAUGGCUUGAGGAAAUUGCUCAAGCUAGGGAAGAGAAAAGAAUUGCCAUGAGAAAGAGAGAGAAAGAGAUGAUUGCCAUGAGAAAGAGAGAGAAGCCGAAGUCAGCUUCAAAGCCGAAGUCGAGGUCGAAGUCGAAGCCGAAGCAAUGAUUCAGUGUUUUUGCAACAAAGAGAAGAAACUUGGGAAAACGCUUAUCAUUUUAUCCUCAUGGUCUGUGCCAUAUAUUGGGUUUUUUUUUCUUUCUUUUUUUCUACAUUAAUUCAAGAAGCUAUUUGUGUGACAUUAAAAGUUAAAAACCAGAAGAGAAUGACACUGUCUUGUACUCCAUGGACAUAUCUUAAAUGUCCAAAAGUUUUGUUUCGAAAAUCUCUUGAAGAGUGUGAAAGAUGAGUUGGGUUCUUGAGUCGGUCUAAA